CAAAUUAUUGAUAUUACAUGAAGAGGAGUGUCUGUUUACCUUCGUAAAAACUAUGAUAAACUACAAACACGGAAUUCCGCCCGUGUAGAGCUUGAAUUAGACAAAACAAUAGAAUGGCUAGUGUUAGUGACAAUAAUGUGAUAUUUCAUUCAAUGAUCAGUUCGAUCCAAAAAGUAGCCCUUUAUGAGACCAAAACAAAAUUAUAUUUGCUGGGCAGCAACGAUCAGGAGACAAGGUUCCGUUUGUUGCAAAUCGACCGAACCCAUCCCAAUGAGCUUAUCAUCCAAGAGCAUCCCAGUGAAAUGGAAGCUCGCGGCAUUCGCAAAUUGGUUAAUUCAUGGGGCCACUGUAAAGUUACAUCGGCCUACGGGAUUCUGGGAUUCGUUCGGUUUUUGGAAGGAUAUUAUUUGAUAUUGAUAACGAAACGGACUCGCAUCGGAAUCAUCGGAAUGCAUCUAAUGUAUACGAUCAUGGAUACGACGAUGAUACGAGUGAAUGACACGUCGAAACAACCGCAUCCGUUGGAGCAGCGAUACUUGAAAAUGUUCAUGAACAUCGAUCUGAAGAGCAAUUUCUAUUUUAGUUACAGUUAUGAUCUAACAAGGACCUUGCAGCAUAACAUGUCGCCUCCAAAUUUUGUGGGUGAAAAAACGAACAUUGAGACCGAUGCUCCGUUACCUCCCUGGCAAAAUAAUGGUCCCGAUAGAGCCGAGUACGCAUUCCGGAGUAUUUCGCGUAAGAGAUUCGUUUGGAAUGCCUUUCUCUUGAAACCAAUGGAAAACAUCAUGCAUAGAGAUUGGAGUUUGGAAGUCAUUCAUGGAUUCAUCAGUCAGUCUAAUGUGAGCAUUUUCGGGCGACCAGUCUACGUUUGCCUAGUGACAAGACGAAGUACAAGAUUUGCAGGUACAAGGUAUCUGAAACGUGGCGCUAACUUUGACGGGGAUGUAGCAAAUGAAGUUGAAACCGAGCAAAUUGUUAUCGAUGGCACCCGAUUCUCCAGCUUCGUUCAAAUGAGAGGUUCAAUACCUUCACAUUGGUCGCAAGAGCGCAGCAAAAAAAUGGUACCCAAACCGCCCAUUUCCUUGGAUCUUUCCGAUCCAUACGCUCGUACACCCGGCAAACACUUCCGACGGUUAUUGCAUCAAUUCGGUGCUCCGAUUAUCGUUUUGAAUCUGGUGAAAAAGCGGGAGAAACGAAAACACGAGAGCAUACUGACCGAAGAGAUGCUCACUUCAAUCCGCUACUUGAAUCAAUUUCUACCUCCGAAAUUCCAGCUGAAGUACAUUCACUUCGACAUGGCGAGAAAGAGUCGUGGCGGAAAUGUGAUGUCGAUACUGGCUGACAUUGCUGAAAGUGUGGUCCAACAGACUGGACUGUUCUUCAAAGACGCAUCCGAAACUACAUUACAGACUGGCAUAGUACGCGUUAAUUGUGUCGAUUGUUUGGAUCGAACGAAUACGGCUCAAUUCGCCAUAGGAAAAUGUGCGCUAGCCCAUCAGCUCUUCAAAUUGGGAUUUAUUCGACCGCCGAAGCUAGAAUUCGAUUCGGAUUGUGUCACAAUGCUGGAGAGUUUAUACGAAGAUCAUGGCGAUACUCUAGCUCUUCAGUAUGGUGGCUCGCAACUGGUUCAUCGAAUAAAAACGUACAGAAAGACCGCCGCCUGGACAUCACAGGGAAAUGAUAUCAUGCAAACGCUGAGCCGCUAUUUGAGUAAUACGUUCAGUGACACUGAGAAGCAGCACAGCAUCAAUCUGUUCCUCGGCUAUUACAUUCCCUACGAAAAUUCGCAGAAAGACAAUGCAGCAAUUUGGGAACUUCCCACCGAUUACUACAUGCACAAUUUACAAACGUUCAACGAUCACGAUGUGAGAUCAUUGGCCGCAUUUACCGACUGGGUAGGAGAUCAAAUUAUGCGCAACUUGCCCUAUUCGACAAAUGAUCGGAACAAAGUCGUAAAAGAAUUGAUUCGGGUCCACUCGAAGGAAUUGGAAAUGAUUGACUACUACUCAAAUUAUCACAUACCCUACAAGUGGACAGCUUUCGAGGAGAACAUUGCAUUUCAAAUCGGUCACUUGGCUCGCAACUUCAUGCCCACUUAUCGCACCAAUUUCAGCCCAUUCGAUCCUAGCCGACGUGAGGUGCGAGUAAGUUUAAAAAAUCCAUCGCUUACCGGCCAAAGUUCGACCAGCUCAACGACCAGUUCGACCAGUUCCAGUUUGGAUGAAUAUUCAUCCGAUUCCGAUGACGAACAGGUCAUCUCUAAUCGGAACACCACUUCGACGAAUGACAGAGAGGAAAAGUUCAUUAGUUUUGCUACCCUGCUGUCGUCGACGUUGGACGUAUAUGGAUUUGAAAUAAAGCAACCGCAGAGGGAUGACGCUCUAAAAUACAGGCGAUACGUUCAGAUGGGUAAACUGUCGAUGCCGAACCGAACAUAUCAGUUUGCUGGCGGGGCGAAUAGUAGGAAUCUUUUGCCGAAAACGGUUACAUUAGCACCAUUAAGCAACUAUGGGACAGACAACUAUCAGAAAGUUCAUCCACCGAAUGUUCCGGAAACAUCGAUGAGUGUCUACGACAAGUACAUUAAGUCACCUCAUACCAUUUACACAAACAGUGAACCGAGUGAGGAAUUGUUGAAAUAUUUUCAGUUUAAUUUCUACGCAUCCAAGUAAACUAAAUAAAUUACAAAGGCUCGCUAUUAUUACUAUCGUUGCUUGGUGCUACUGUCUCAUUGGUAGUUUGAACAGCAGCCGCUUCACGUCUUGCUUUCAGUCUUUCCAAAGCUUUUAAUCGAUUUUCUGCUAUCAUUGCCCGUUGCUCUGCAGUCAAUUGUGGCCGGGGAGUAUCUGGUUGCGAUGGAAUCGGUAUCGGCGUUUCAUCUAGCGGUCGACAUCCCAUUGGCGACAUCGGUGUGGAAGCUUCCAUUGGUCUUCGGCCCAUGAAUUUUGGCGUCGUAAUUACACUCGAUCGCAUCGAAUCGAAAGUUGUGUUGUUGGCUUUGGUGGCGGAUGGGGCGGUUUUGUAUUUCUCGAUUUGUUGUCCGAGCAAUUCGUCAAUGUCGUCGAAUGGUUGAUCAACCACUUCCAUUUCAUCCGGUUCAUCUUCCACAACAGGUUUCACAGUCAAUUCAAGCAUUCCUUGCCGAUAGCGAUUCAUGUGCGUCUGCAAUUGCUUCUUUUUACCCAACUGUUCGGCAGUGGCCAGAAAAUCUUUGAAAUUGUAUUUCGGAUAUAGUCGAUGGGCCCAGUGUUCCAUACGUUUCAGAACGUUGUCCAAAUCUUCCUUUUCGUGACCUUUGCCGCUAUACUUUAUGCCUUGAAAAUACUUUUCCAGUGUGUGUACGCCUCGUUCAGCGCCAAUCAUUCGUUCUACGUUCAAUCGUAACUGCGGUUUUCGAAUCGUCCGGCGCUUCGGAUCGACCGGUUUGGAAGUACCUUCCUCAUCUUUUGUGUCGGAAUUAUUUCCAUCCUCGUUUUCAGCACCACUGCCGAUAUUUUUGUUUAAGGCAUCGUUACCCAGUAUACUGUCAAUAUCGUCACCAAAUACGUCCAUUUUUUCAGAUUCAAU